GCAGACGGGGCAGGGCAGGCGGGACGGCACGCGCAGCAUUCAGUGAGAGAAAGAGAGCGCUCGGCGCGGAAAGACAGCCAUGAGGAGUUAGCUGUUAGCAGUCGAAGAGAGAGAGGAACAUCUGCAGGCGCUUCUGCACUCUCCAGCUCAUCUCCACCGCGGUGUGUGUGCGUAGAGAGAGUGUGUGCGUGUGGUGUUGGCGAGUAGACUUUAGUCCAGAUGUUAGUCCACACUUACUCAGCCACGGACCGUCAUGACGGGGUGCCCGGGCACAGCUCGCGCCUGUCCCAGCUGGGCUCCGUGUCUCAGGGGCCAUACUCCAGCGCGCCGCCGCUCUCUCAUGCGCCCUCCUCGGACUUCCAGCCGCCAUACUUCCCGCCGCCCUACCAGCCGCUGCCGCCCUACCACCAGGGCCAGGAUCCCUACUCGCACGUGAAUGACCCGUACUCGCUUAACGCGCUGCACCAGCCGCAUCAGCAGCACCCGUGGGGUUCCUCACGCCAACGUCAAGAUGGUGGUGGCGCCGACACCGGUAGCGGCGGCUCCCUGCUCGCGCAGCCCCGCGCCGCACUGCCGCAGCUGUCCGGGCUGGACCCGCGCAGGGACUACAGUGCCGUGCGUAGACCGGACGUGCUGCUGCACUCGGCGCCUCACGCGCUGGAGGCAGGAAUGGGAGACGGCUUGCUGCACGGCCUCGCGCACAGCAUGGACGAGGCGCACGUGAGUCACGUUUGGGCCGUGGAUGACCCCAACAACGGCGGCAUGAACAUCCUUGACCAGUCAGUCAUUAAAAAAGGCCAAGAUUUGGCGUUUAACAGUCCUCUCCUGUCGUUUCUGACAGUGCCAAUGCCGCACAAAAGCGUGGCCUCGCUGAUGAUGAGCAAGGACGGGCUGAUCGGCGGGGUCACUCUAAAUGUGAACGAGGUGUUCUGCUCAGUUCCUGGUCGCCUGUCGCUCCUCAGUUCCACCUCCAAGUACAAAGUUACGGUGGGAGAGGUUCAACGGCGCCUCUCGCCCCCAGAGUGCCUCAACGCAUCGCUGCUGGGGGGCGUGCUCCGCAGGGCGAAGUCGAAAAAUGGAGGCAGAUCUCUGAGAGAAAAGCUGGAGAAAAUCGGACUAAAUUUGCCCGCGGGCAGACGCAAGGCGGCCAACGUCACUCUGUUGACGUCACUGGUGGAAGGAGAAGCUGUUCAUUUAGCUCGAGACUUCGGCUACAUCUGCGAGACAGAAUUCCCCACCAAGGCCGUGUCCGAGUACCUCAACAGACAGCACACAGACCCCAACGAAAUCCACUCGAGAAAAAACAUGCUGCUCGCCACCAAGCAGUUGUGUAAGGAGUUUACAGACUUGUUGGCGCAGGAUCGCACUCCUCUGGGGAAUUCUCGACCAUCGCCAAUCCUGGAUCCGGGCAUCCAGAGCUGCCUGAGCCACUUCAGCUUCAUCACGCACGGUUUUGGCUCCCCAGCCAUCUGCGCCGCCCUGACCGCCCUGCAGAACUACCUGACCGAGGCGCUAAAGGGGCUGGACAAGAUGUUCCUCAACAACCAGACCUCCAACCGCCACACCCCAGCCGAUGGGCCCGGCUCAAAAGGGGCUGACAAAGAUGAGAAACACAGAAAAUGAGGAAAAACAAGAAUAUGGCUAUGGUGAAGAAAAUGAUGGUAGAAAGAGGAAGAGGCUCUACGAGCACAACUUUACGAGUCGUUUUUUGACGGUGUCCAGAGAUUCUUUGUACUUGAAAUUUAUGACAUUAUGUUUUACGUUCUGUCGGAAGAAGAAACGAAGAAAAGAAGUCGGGAGCAUGGAUGGAGGGAUGCUAAAGAAAAACGAGACUGUUGGGACUUAACAUUGUUGUGGCACUCCUGCAAUGUGGUUGUACGUGUGCGUGUGUGUGUGUGCGUGUGUGUGCGUAUGUGCAUGUAUGUUUGUAGCCCACCAGUAACCAAAUUUAAUACGCAUUAACACACGAAAGCAAUGUUUACCAAAAACACAAUAAACCAAUUCACACAUACACACAGACUCACAGAUGUACUGGGGGAUGUUGUAUGACCAUUUUUCCAAUUCACCCAGUCACACACAAGUAACACACCAUACAGAGUCACAGUCAACUCAUAUAUGUACGCACACUAUCAUUCAAAAUUUGGAGUUACAUCUCAUAUCAAUUGCUUAAUAACGUAAACCAUUUAAUUUUUUUUCACAUUUCUUUGAUUACCACGUUUCAAAUGCAAACACACUGGAUAUUAUUAAUAGAACUAUAUAAUAACGUUGUUAUUCCAACAUUACAUUUCACGGUUCCUAUACAUAAAUUAGUAUAUAAUUAUUAUACUACACCUUGUACUAUAAAUACAAAAUAUAUUACAAUUUAUCUGAAAUCAAAUAAGCUUUGAAGUAGUAGAAUCAUGUAAAAUAAUGUAAUGCAGUGAUUCCAAACGUUUGAACUGUAGUGUAUACAUUUCUUUUGCAGGGCAGUGACGACAAUAUAUAUAAUACACGUAAACCAAUCAACAAACUGCUUUUUUUUCUUAAAGAACAUCAAUCAUAUCAUCUAAUAGCACGGACAUUUCUCACAUCCUGCUUUUUUCAUUGAGUUAAUUGCUUUGGAAUAUAGGCCUUUCUUCAUAUAAAUACAAUCUGAUGCUAAAAAUUGUGAACCCCUGGUGAAAUUGGAUGUUAUUUAUUUUACAAAUGUAAAUAAUUUCACGUUUUCAUAUCCUUUAUAGACAAGACAGUUCAGAGUUAAAUGCCAUAUUUGGGUCUGUAGGAAAGUUGCUGAAUUAUAUUACUAACAAAAUGAUUGAACUAAUUUGAUCAGGGGUCCCAAAUUUUUGCGUGCAAAAAUGUAUGUACAUGUGUGCCAUAUGUGUGUGAGUGUAUGUGAGUGAGUGUAUGCAGAAUGUAGGUUGUGUAUCGCAUCUGAAUGCUUCACUGAAGAGUGUAUUCAUGUAUUCACACACUCCAGAGUGUUUAAACCUCAGUCAAUGAAUGCCAGUAUAUCAGUGUUCUGAGAGCCACUGUACAAGCUCUGCUGGUAUCACACAGCAGCGAUGGUAGUGUUGGGAUGGACCAAUUAAUUACAGUUGUAUUGUAGAGCUGACGGAUCCGGAUCAACCGAGGCGUCCCACUGCUAGCUACUACUGAAUCUGACGUCAACUUGUUUUGCACAUUGGCCCUUUGUAUAAGCCCUAUAGAGGUAUCUCGACCAACCGCCCACUCUAUUACCGUCCAGAAAAUCCAAAUUUUACCCCGUACUUAUUCAUUCGUUUGACCUUUCUUGACUUGGAAUAUCACUGAGGGGGAAUUGUGUCUCUUUCAAAGCCAUUCGUCAACGCAGGUUCUCUGGUUUUGUGGUGGUCAGCUUUUGUGUGCGCUGUUCCUCGUGCAGUCAUGGCCAUUUUUAAUUAACACAUGCAGUCCAAUUAGGUCUUUACAUUCUUUAAAAAAGAGACAAAAAUAAAACUUGUAGGUUACAUUAAAGCUAUUCUACCACGGAAAAGAAAAGCUAUUAUGCUAACAUGUCAUCAGUCACACAGCAAGUGCUGAUGUACACUUUUAGAAUUUAUUUAUGCAUCAAAUUAUGCGCUUUGUUAUUAUUAUUAUUAUUAUUAUUAUUAUUAUUAUUAUUAUUACUCUGUUUUGUCACAACAUUGGUCGAGUCGAUGUGUCGGACUUUGUAAGAUGAAAGAACAGAAAGGCCUGUACGUCAGCAGCAGCAGAGUCUGGCCGAGCCAAUCAGCACGAAGGUCUAAUAUUUAUGUUUGUACAUAUUAUUUAUGCCUAAUUUAAUGGAAGUUUGUACAGCUGGCUCGUCUUUCUGUGAACGUGUCCCUGUGCGUGGGUGAACGCUUGGUUUAGGUAGCAUCUUGUAUUUUAUUUUAUUUUUUAUUCUUUUUAAUUAUAUUUUUUUCAUAGAAAACUUGUUAUAUGGUGACGGGUAGAAGUUGGUUCUUGUCCAGUGACUUUCAUUUAUAUGAAAACUGAGAAUAAAUCAUGUGUUUUAUUGUA